AUGAGAUCAUAUACACGACAAUACGAUGUGGCCCUCCUGGGGGCCACCGGCUUCACAGCCACACUUGUCGCUCAGGUCUUCGCCGCAACGCUGACGAGCGAGAUCCGUUGGUUGAUAGCAGGACGAAACUACGACAAAUUGAGAGGGCUUCUUGAGAAGCUAAGAAAACUCAACCCAGAGGGACCAGUGCCAGAUAUACAGAGCAUAGACGUUGUAAAUGACAACCUCACAGAACUCGCACGCAGCACAAAAGUCAUAGUAAACGCCAUUGGCCCGUAUACGCGAUAUGGCAGACCGGUGGUUGAAGCAUGUGCAGCGAACGGGACGAGCUACGUCGACUUCAGCACGGAAACGCCGUGGAUCGAGGAAAUGAUACUGAUAUACCACGAUCUAGCAAGAGAGAAUCAUGCGACCAUCAUUCCCGCGAUCGGCAAUUCAAGCUCUCCGUCGGCACUAAUAGCACUUCUACUCGCAGACCAGUAUCGCAUCCUUCACGGCAAUGAUGUUCGGGAAAUCGUGAGCUGCUAUGGAAUGAAGAUCAACGGGAUGAGUGGAGGAUCGCUUUCCUCUGUCGUGGACGUCGUGGAUACAUAUGGUAUCAGACAUUUGUUAUCCCCAAACCCGUACCGACUGUGCCCAUCGAAGGAGACGAAGCUUUCGCAAACGCCAACCAGCAUACCGUUCCUCGGGCACAUCAAAGAUCCGAUCCUGGGGCAUCUCGCCACAUCCUUUACGGCGCCUGGCAACGAAGCAAUUGUAAAUCGUAGCCAACAUCCCCAGCAAUCCAUAGCUCAACAUCCAAGUUUCAUCUACAAGGAAUACAUGCCCGCCACGAGCACGUUACAAGCCAUAGCGAUUCACAUGCUCACGAAGCUCGGAAUCCUGAUGCUCGCGCUCCGGCCCUUCCGGACAUUGCUCAACAGGCUCAAGCCCGCUUCGGGUAGCGGACCGUCCGCAGAGAUCACCAGAACUGAGAAACUGGCGAUCACGGCCGUGGCAAGAGGCGAGGAUGGGAAAGAGCUGGUCGCGGAGUAUAUCUACAACGGACCAAUGUACUAUCACACUGCGAUCCUUGGCACAGCGGCUGUGGCAGUAUUGCUGGAGUUGUGGAGGGGAACAGAUAGAGAUGAUAGUGGCGGUGAUGCUGGACAGAGACGGGAUCCUGAUAUGUCUGGCAUCCUCACGCCGAGUUGUCUAGGAAUGCCGUUUGUUGAAAGACUGAGGGCUGCAGGGGUGAAGUUCGAUGUUUUGGUUUAA